AAAAAAGUAGAUUACGACGGUCUACUGCGAUCCGACGGGGUUAGACCUCCUCUACCCUUCAUAAUUCUUCUCUCGUGCUUCGCCAGCAUCCGCCGCUCCGACGACCGGCUGGAUUUCUCUCCUCACCAUGUCGACUCCCUCCACCGCCACUGCGACACACCCUACGCAUCAUCAGCAGCACUACGGAUAUCCUCACCACCCGCCCUACCAACCGAACCCUCCCUAUCCGACCACGUCCGCCGCGGCCACCUCUCGCCUUGCCACCACCUAUCCCUACGCCGUCAACCCGGCAACUGCCACCCUACCCUUUACACAAUCUCCAAAGAUCGUCUCGGCGGCUCUCACGCCGGCAACGACCACGGCAGCCAUGCCCCCAACCCACAAUGGAGUCAGCGCUAGCGCGGCCCCAACCCAGACCGGAAGGAGGAAAAAGCCAGAUUGGGGCGAGUUCUAUAAGAAUGGUAUCCCGAAGGAAGUUAUUGUCAUCGAUGAUAGUCCACCGCCGGAGCAGCCCAAGGGCUCCGCUCGCAGCCUCGCGACGACGUCCACCGUGACGGCUGCCUCCAACGGAAACCUACCCCAGCCCGCGGGAAAGAAACGGCGCACCGGGGUCGAGUCAGCGUAUGAUGUGACAUAUUAUGAUCGUCCGUCGUUCUCGAUCAAUCCUCAGCAUUAUGGAGAGGAUUCUUCUGCUGCUUCGAUUUCAACGGAUCGCACAACGUCUCUGCAUACUACUGCACCCACUUCUCUUUCCCAGGGAAGCUCUGGUGCGAGCAACGGUGUUUACUACGAGGAUGCUAAUAUCGGACAAAAGCGGAAACGGGUUACCACCCGCAAAUCUGCUCGAGACGAGCAGAAACGGCGAGAGCUAGAGAAUGCCGGUGAUGCGUUUUUGAACUAUAUUCCACCUCCCAAGCCGAUCAUCAAGGCAAAGGAUGUUCCAGUGCCCGUGGUUCGGGAUUACGCAAACCGAGGAGAAAAGUUCGAUGACGAUGAUGGUCAUUAUAUUGUAACACCAGAUACCCCAUUAACAGACCGAUAUUCGAUCAUCAAACUCCUUGGCCAGGGAACGUUUGGAAAGGUGGUGGAAGCGUAUGAUAAGCAUCGCAAGACCCGUGUUGCGGUCAAGAUCAUUCGUUCCAUUCAAAAGUACCGGGACGCGUCGCGGAUUGAGCUUCGAGUGCUGUCGACGUUGGCUUCAAACGACCGGCAAAAUCGAAACAAAUGCAUCCAUUUACGCGAUUGCUUCGAUUAUCGCAACCAUAUUUGCAUUGUCACGGACUUGCUGGGGCAAAGUGUUUUUGAUUUUCUGAAGGGCAACGGCUUCGUCCCCUUUCCCAGUAGUCAAAUUCAGAACUUUGCUCGGCAGUUGUUCACCAGUGUGGCAUUCUUGCACGAUCUCAACCUUAUUCACACCGACCUCAAGCCCGAAAAUAUCCUCCUUGUCAGUAAUGCCUAUCAAACCUUCACCUACAACCGCACGAUCCCAUCAUCGUCACACGCAAUCUCCCGCAGCGCACGUCAAAGACGAGUUUUGUUGGACAGCGAGAUUCGUCUGAUUGAUUUUGGAUCCGCGACCUUCGAUGACGAAUAUCACUCGUCCGUUGUUUCCACCAGGCAUUACCGGGCGCCAGAGAUCAUCUUGAACCUCGGCUGGAGUUUCCCUUGUGAUAUUUGGAGUAUCGGCUGUAUACUUGUCGAGUUCUUCACCGGGGACGCUCUUUUCCAAACCCAUGACAAUUUGGAACAUCUUGCCAUGAUGGAGGCUGUAAUAGGCGACCGGAUUGACACUCGUCUUGUAAGACAAGUGAUGCAAGGUGGACGGAGUGGGAGCCAGAACCAGUCAGCCAAGUACUUCAUCCGCAACAAGCUUGAUUAUCCUAACGAUGAAACCACUCGUGCCUCGCGGAAGUAUGUGAGGGCUAUGAAACAAUUGACAGUAUGAUUUUAUUCCCACCACCACCAAGUUCCACCGUUUAUUCCUGGAUCUUCUACAACGCAUUUUCGUUUAUGACCCCAAAAACCGAAUCACAGCCAAGGAUGCUCUCAAGCACCCCUGGUUUAAAGAGUCCAUCGUGGAUGAUGGCACUGAAGCUCUGCGGAUUGGGGAGCAGUUGCAGCGCAACACCCAACGCCGCUAGACCGACACGUACCUCUGAUGAGUACCUUUUCGGCGAGUCAUCGUCGUGUUGAUCUCAAGUGGCUAUAAGACACUGGUG